AUGUCAACAGCCGUCGUUAUUGGGGGUGGAGUCAGUGGGCUCGCAUCUGCUUACUACAUUCAGAGAUAUCUUCCACAGUUUUCAAAGGUUAUUGUUCUAGAAAGUUCGAAGCGUGUCGGAGGCUGGGUAAACACAACAAUUAACCCCGAUGGUUGUAUAUUUGAGCACGGACCUAGAAGUCUGCGGCCGGUCGGCCCACAAGGCAGAAACACCCUGCAGUUGGCUGAAGAGCUCGGUUUGACUAGGGAUGUUUUGCCGAUUCUGCGAUCAGAUCCAGCAGCGAAAAAUCGCUACCUUUAUGUCAAGGGAAAACUCUGGGCUCUGCCUAACAGUGUGACCAGUCUGUUUAAAAAAGUGCCUCCAUUUUCGGAACCUCUGAUUAAAGUACUUGCUGCCGAGCCUUUCCACAGACGAAGUAAAGAGCCGGAUGAGACGGUGCACAGUUUUGUUAGUCGGAGGUUGGGUAGGGAGGUGGCUGAUAUUGCUAUUGAUGCCAUGUGUCGGGGAAUUUUCGCUGGUGACUGCCGCAGUUUGAGUGUCCGAGCUUGCUUCCCUCCUUUGCAUGAGAUGGAGCAGAAACACGGGUCACUGGUUGCUGGUCUUCUGUUUGGCUCCAAAAGUCCCAAAGUGGAAGCGUCUGGACUUGUGAGAGAAGCCGUGGACUGUAAAUGGGCUUCAUGGUCUCUACGAUACGGGCUUCAACAGCUAACAGACGCCAUUGCUGAUGCAGUAACAAACACACGAGGAGGGGAGGUUCGGACACAUUCUAAGUGUCUGGCGAUUCAGCCGAAGGAUAAUGGAAAGGUUGUGGUGAGAACUGAAGGUGAUUCUAUAGAAGCGGACCUGGUGAUCUCAUCCAUCUACAGCAGAGAUUUGGCGCCACUUCUGCCUGCGUCCCUGUCGGAUCUCAGAAAAGAACUUUCUUCUCUAGAAUCUGUGAACGUGAUCGUUGUUAACCUGGAGUACAAAGAUGACGUGCUACCUGUGAAGGGAUUUGGUCACUUGUUGCCGUCUUCAGAGAAUGGACCUUUGCUAGGUGUGGUGUACGAUUCUUGCACCUUUCCGCAGCACGGCAGAAAGGGUAGUCCCAACAGCACACGUCUGAGUGUUAUGCUGGGAGGCUCCUGGUACAACAAACUCCUCAACUCUGACGGCUCCCUCCCGUCUGGAUCUGAUCUUCUGCAGAUGGCAACUCAGGCGGCAGCAGCACAUUUAGGCAUUAAGGCUCGGCCAAUCAGAUCUCACGUUACAUUACAAGAGGAAUGCAUACCGCAGUAUAAAGUUGGCCACGUGAAGUGGGUUGCAGAUGUAGAAAACAAAAUCCAGCAGAGUAAACUCCCCCUGAAACUUGUUGGGGCUUCGUACAGGGGGCCUGCUAUAAAUGACUGUAUUAACAAUGCCAGGAAAGUCAUUGUGGCGAUGAAACCAACAUGA